AUGGUGACACCCGUACCCAGUGCCAUGUCCUACAACUGCCAUGACUGUGAGAAAACUUUUAAGAGAAGAUCAAGUUUCACCCAGCACCAGCUAAUCCACACAGAGGAGAGACCCUUCAGGUGUCAGGAGUGCGGGAAGGGUUUUACUCACAACUUCUAUUUAACCCAGCACCAGCGAAUGCACACGGGGGAGAAACCCUUCACGUGCCUGGAGUGUGAGAAGAGCUUUGCCACAAGCUCUGUGCUCAUUGAACAUCAACGCAUCCACACAGGAGAGAAACCUUACAUGUGUCCCCACUGCCAGAAGAGCUUCAGACACCGGUCCAACUUCUGGAGGCAUCAACAGCUCUAUACAGAUGACCAAACCUGUAGCUGCUCCCAAGGUGAGAAGAAAUCUGACAAAUGCCAGCACUGCAGGGACGAUUUUCUCAGCAGAUCAUCUAUAACCCAGAAGCAGCAACUGCAAACAGUUGAGAGACCCUUCAGGUGUCAGGAGUGUGGGAGGAGUUUUCUUAACCAAUCCAAGUUAACCCAGCACCAGCAAAUCCACACAGUUGAGAGACCCUUCAGGUGUCCUGACUGUGGGAAGAGCUUUGUCUGGAACUCUUUGCUCAUCAGCCAUCGACGCAUCCACACGGGAGAGAAACCCUACACAUGUCCCCAGUGCCAGAAGAGCUUCAGUUGCAGCUCCAACUUGCGGCAACAUCAGCGGCUCCACACGGGUGACCGACCCUACACAUGUCUAGAGUGUGGGAAGAGCUUUGCUGACAAGUCCUCAUUAAAUAAACACCACCAGACCCACACAGGGGAGAGACCCUAUAUGUGUUUGGAGUGUGGGAAGAGCUUCCGUAGGAGCAGCAUUUGGAUGUGUCACCAACAUAUCCACAAGAGAGAAAAACCCUACGUGUGUCCCAAGUGCAAGAAGAAGUUUACAAGCAGCUCAAACCUCAACUGUCACCUCCGGGUCCACACGGGUGAGCGUCCCUACAUGUGUCCUGACUGUGGGAAGAGCUUUGCCUGGAGCUCUAAGCUCAUCAGCCAUCAACGCAUCCACACAGGAGAGAGACCCUACAUAUGUCCAAAGUGCCAGAAGAGGUUCAGACACAACUCCAACUUAUCGAAACAUCAACAGGUGCAUAGAGAUGACUGA